GCCUACUGAAGAGGAUAUUAGGAGCAAUCGUGGAAGAGGGCUCAGUCCGACCUUGUCUGGCUCACAGUCCCGCGCGUGGUUGUGCGUAAACGCUGCUAAAAUAGUUGGCGGCGUUUAAAGCCCCUUCAGGCGCGUACAACUUUGGCCCUCAUUCAUGUUUUUUUUCGCAACACAUUCACGUCUGGGUGUUGUGCACAGGACAACCUCUUCCGCAUAUUGGAUUUCAAUGCAAAGAGAAGGUCGCCAACGUCCAUCUAAGGAUUCGGGAAAUGAAGACAGCUACUGACACGGACUCAGUAUUAUUUUUACUUUUGAAACGUUUGAAACGCAGUUUUGAUUAAGGGAUUUUCUUCAACUCGCGAAGCAUUUGCUCCCUGUGUGGGAUUACUCGUUGCAUUGCUCUUAUUUGAAUGUAAUUGAGUUUUGGAUACGCCUGUGCUGUGCAUUGUACAGUGCACAAAUUCGAUCACGAUGUAUUUAAUUUAGGACAACCUCUUUCUAUACAAAGUGCCAAAUUAAGCCGGAAUGGCGAACGAGUGUAAUCGCAACAUUGUGGAAAAGUAUAUCUGCCAUAAACUCUCCAAACGGGGCUACGUGUUUGGGUUUGAUGAUGUCCGGGAUGAAGAUGCUGCUAAUAAUGGGUCAAUAGUUGUCCCUCCACCGACUUUGGUUCGCCGGUGCCGUGAAGCCAGCACUGGGCCUGACAGCGAGAGCAUCCCUCACCUCUGCAAACGGCUCCCCCAGUCUGACCCGACCGCCGCCAUCCACAGAGUUCUCCGCGAGGCUGGAGACGAACUUGAGAGACUAUACCAGCCGGACUUCACGGAGAUGUCGCGGCAGCUGUAUCUCACCUCCACCACGGCGCAACGGAGAUUCGCCGAGGUGAUCGACGAACUGUUCCGGGACGGGGUGAACUGGGGCCGGAUAAUCGCUUUCUUCGAGUUCGGGGGCACGGUGUGCGUGGAGUGCGCCGCCAAAGAGGAGAUGACAUCGCAGGUGGACAACAUCGCCGAGUGGAUGACGGAGUAUCUAAAUGGACCUCUAAACAGCUGGAUACAAGAUAACGGAGGAUGGGCUGCCUUUGUGGAGCUGUAUGACAGACAGAGGGACUCCCUCUUCAGCUGCUCCUGGCCCUCCAUUAAGACGGUCUUUGGUCUAGCUGCACUCGGGGCAGCUAGCCUCACCUUCGGAGCAUACCUGACACAGAAGUGAAAGAGCCCUCGUUCUACCAGCUUGACUUUAUUCCUUCUCCUCCUUCUUCUCCUUGUGCCUCUUCUUAUUCCUUUUUAUAGACGCCCCUGACCCCUCAGAGACAACCUUCAGACUCUUUUGAAUCUGGCUCUCUUCAAAGCCCUCUCUCAGAAAUCUCCCUCUUCCUCGCCCCUACAUGUCAAAACAGACACAAAUCAAAACAACUGAAGCAACCAGAUGCACAGCCUAUACAGAGCAAAGGAUGUCUUGAAAAGAGGCAACUUAGAUGUAAUCACACUAAUCUGCUGAGUAGCCUACAACUGAGAAAUGAGGUGGCAUCAGUGGCAUGCAUUUUUUAUUUUUUUUUGUUCUGCCUGCUUCUGUACUAGUUAUAGCAUGAAUGUUGAGUGUUUGUGUAGAUGUUGUUGCAUGUGUCAGAGCUCAUGCAGGAUCUCUCUUUGGAGGCCUUGGUGAUGGGGGUGCAGGGACAACGAUGCUCCAAACCGGAGAGGAAGCGGCCGCAGCCCUGCCCCUGCUUGUUAGGGUGAAGAACCCCGUUUUGAACUGUGUUGCCCCCCCCCCCCCUGCAGCCGUCCUUCAAAGGACUUCCUCCACAGAACAGCUGCUCAGAAUGUAUAAUGGAAACGGCACGGUUUGUGUCUACUGCUUUCACUCCUUAGACAGCUCCAGUGAACUUUGAACACACUGCACCAUUAUACUCUCCAUGGUCCUUAAUAUGUAGAGGAAGGGCCAGCGGAAGACUGAGGUCUGCUGAUAUUUCUUUUGCAGAGUUCGAAAGCUCCUCGAUUGAGAUUUUGAUGUUGGUUUUAAUUUUUGCAGCAUGCCAAACCCCAAAUUGUGUGGUUUUACCACAGAAAAAAAAGAGGAGAAUGGAGAAUUUUUUGAAGGACUGAAAAGCAUGCAGAAGAAGUCUGUUGUUGCAUAAAACUCAUAUGAUGAUGAAUAUACUGAGAAAAAUGUCACGCGCAGCACAAAACAGUAAGGUAGAAGCAUCUUAAAAAGGAAGCAUGAAUGGACAGGAUUUGAAAUGUGCAUUCCUCAAGCAAAGCGAUGUGAACGAGACCACCCAUCUGCUAAAAUGACUCUACUUUAAAAGCACCAUCACUGUUCACUGAUUAGCACCAAGCAACCCUUAAAAACAGUUUUGUUUUCUAUUUUCUACCACUGUUUCUACCAGCUUUCUUACUCUUAACUCAGUCCAUUCGUUGUCAGAUUGUUUGGGCUCACCCAGGUCUCAGAGCUGACCCUGUCAACAUGUGUCCUCCAGCUGCUGAGGCCCCACAGUGACCUGGUACUUCUAGAAUCCACUCUGACAAAGACGCUUGUUGAUGUGGACUGAGAAAAUCUCGCUUGGCCACAGAUGACUGAGUGGAAUACCACGGCAGCAGGGUUUCAGUUUAGGACUAAAGCCAGUGGGUCCCGUGUGCUGGAACCUGAGAUGUCCCCUCUCUCCGGUCUGCAAAUGCGUUCAGUCAUUGAUUUGUUUUAUUGAUGUUUGUCUUGUGUUACAGUCUGACAGAAAAUUUGGAAAUGCUCACAGGCUUCAAAAGAUUUUGUUGUAGCCUGCACAACUUUACUUGGUUAUGGAAAAGUGAUUUUUUUUUGUCAUUACAAAUCUUCAACUUCUUUAUUGCAUGGAUGAAAGAUACUGUCUUCACACGAGAAAUAUGUGUAACCAUAUUUAUAACAGAAUAGGGUAGAAGAUAACGAAUAACAGCAAAGGAGUUGCAUUUUUCUAUUUAUUGAGAGGUACCAGAUCACAGAUUUUUUUUAACAGUAGCUACUUUGAUGAAAAAUAAAUUGUUUUCACCUUUUUUCUGUUCUAUUGAAUCACACUGUAACUACAUUUUUUUCCUGGCUGCUAUUAUAAUGAGAAAGAUGUUUUAAAAAAAAAAAAAAGUGAAUUUCUGUGUUGUAUUACUAUUGGCUUAAGGCUGCUAUACUGUCGAUUUAACUUUUAAUUAACAGCUUAAACUGCCACAGAUUUACAGUAUAGUUCUUGAGAGCUGGAAACCAAAGUUAACUUGUAUUAAUCUUUAAUUUAAAAAAACAAACAAAAAAAGUAGCUUAAGGAGGAUACACGUUGCUUCACUUCACUGAGUCUAUUCAGUGAGGUUUUAUGAUCUCUCUGGGUUUGUCUAGUGUUACUGUACUAUAUCAGCUUAACUUUUGUCAGCUUUGUGCUCCAAUGAUGACUCAGUGCUUAUCUGUAAAAUGUUGACCUGCCAGAGUUAAACCUUGUCUCAGUUGUCCCACUCUCAUUACAGCAACUCACAGUCGUGUGAUAUUCCUAGUGAUGUGUGUGUAAGAGAGAAUCAGAAGGCUAUUUAUGAGCAGGAGUAGGAACAGUUCAACCGCAAUAUACUGUAAUUUUAUAUUCUCUGUGCAUAAUAUAUGAAUGUAGACGCCAUGGUUGCUACUGUUUCAUGUCUAUAAUCACAAACCUGUAGCACUUAAAAAAGUGAAUUGUGUUUCUGUUGUUUACUGCUAUAUCCACAAUAAGCUAGUGGGAUCAUAUUGUUCCUAAUAAACCAGAUUUCUCAAGCAGCUGCAGUCCAAGUUCACGUUGCGUCUGCUUUAAAAAAAAAUGUUUUUAUCGAUUCUCAGCUUUGUCUCCGUGCAUAUCCGCAAGACAGAAAGAAAAUAAGAGAAAUUGUCAGUGAAGAGCAGUGUAUCAACAGUGCUGUUUUGAUGAUCUGUGAUCUAUUCACAGCUGUGAAUUGUAUAUGUAAUCUUGGUUGUGUCAACGUGAGCGUCCUUGUGAAGGACUGUGAAAGCACAGCAGCAGCACCCCAUCAGACAUCAAAGCUGUCCCCAAACACUGCACUUGUCAGCCUCCCUCUUCUGCUCCAUGUGCUGUUAAACAUGAGUGCAAAAACCCAAAAUGCCCUGAGGCUAGUUUUUUUUUUUUUUACUGUUCUGAUCACACUUGUCUUCAAAGGCCACGGCACUCUUGCUGCUCGGUGGAAUUUGUGAAAAGCAUGAUGUAGUAAAACUAAUGUUGAAAGAGUUGAGUGGGUAUGGUAAAAUGAAGGGAGUGAAAGAAAGUGGUGUGUGUGUGUGUGUGUGUGUGUGUGUGUGCGCACACAUACAUCCCUGAGGAGACCAACAGGAAAGUUCAUUUGGGCUGGAGCCCCACGCAAAACCUCCUCUCGCUCCCUCACUCGCCAUGCAUAUAAAAUGCAGGACACGCUCUGAAGAGGAAUGUUAAAUCAAGCCAGAGACUUUCAAAAGAGAGUCCAGUGUGAGUGUGGAUGGUGAAUGUGUGUGUGUGUGUGUAAAGAAAGAGAUGGGCAGUAAGAAGAGGAAAGGGGGAGGGGGGGGCGGUGAGUGAAGCCCUCCUGCCUCUUCUGCUUUAGGGCUACACGGUGUAGAGGAGGCUUCCCCAGCACUGGAUAUCACAGGGGAGAUUGGGAGAUCAAAGCAGAUUGUCUGGAGUAAGUCUGGUCCAGUUAUACCCCUCAUUUGGAAGUCCAUCAGAUCCACUCACGGCACCUUUGCCUCAUUUAGAGGCAGCCUUUGCUGCAUUAAAAACUUCCUUCUGAAAUCUAGCAAUUUCCUUAAAAAGAGAUCAAAAAAAGCACCCCUCGCAAAUCAUUCAUCUCUCAUUGGAAUGCAAAUAUUCAAUGAGAAAGAGUUACUUAUUACACCAACUGUAGAAGCAGAUUUUUUUUAAGCCUUGAAGUCCUGCCUGAAAUGUGUGCUGCAGUGUCACCUUGUGGCUGCUUCACAAACAAUCCAGCAGGGUUUAAAACAUCAGGCAAUCACAGUGCCAAGAGUCUGCACAUUUCUACCUCAUCUACAGGAAAUGACAGCUGAUUUCACUGAGCAGAUCAUCUUCAAAUAUGGAGAAUGAACCAUCAGCUGCUGCAGCAUUCAGCUGAAAUAAAAACCAGCCUUUUCUCAGCACUCUCUGGCACAUGGUUGCCUAUCCCUGCUCUAAAAUAUCCUCAGGGCACCAUGCCAUGAAGAGAAAAAGGCUCCAGGCGGAAGGCUCAACUGCUUACAGCUUCGGUGAUGACUGUUCAAGCCGUCUGUGGUUAGUGAUAGUCUUCUUAGAAAUGUCUAAUGAAAGAAAAGCAUCUGAAUCUCACAGAAUAUGGUAAUCAGAAGGAAAGAAGACGUGGUGUAACUUCCAACUUCAAAUCAUGUCUGUGAUAACCCAUACAGACCAUUUGUUCAAAGCUUUAAAAAGUAAUGUUAAACUAUUUGUUUGAAUACUAAGUGAUAGUACUGAAGGUUACUGUAGUGCUGCACAUACCACAACACUGCUUUGUAAUAAUUUGUUUUGUGGUGUUGCUUUUUCAGGGUUUUUGCUGAUAUGAAAAUUAGGAAACUAUUGCAACACUGUUAUUUACUGUCGUCCAUCAUUAAAGAACAGUUGUACGUGU